AUGUCUGAUAAGAGUGAUCGUACCGUGGUACUGUUGAAUGAAAAAGAUAUUGUUGCCGACUGGCGAGUGACUAGAAAACUGGGUGAGGGUGGAUGUGGGGUGGUCUUUGAGGAGACAUCGAAUUCAGUACGGCCACGGGGUCGUUUCGCGAUGAAAGUCGAAUCACGAUGCAUUGAUCGUGACGAGCAGUUGUUGCGCGCAGAAGCGGCUGUGCUCAAACGAAUGCGUAACUCCAAACACGGACCGCAUUUAAUAACUGCUGGUCGAACUGCUUCGUUCAACUUUCUUCUAAUGGAUUUGUUAGGAAGAUCACUCAAUGAGCUUGUUAAAGCCACACCAAAACGGAUGUUUUCGGUGGAAACCGUACUGAAGAUUGCUGUACAAACUCUUGCAGUAAGUCAUAUUGUAUCAUCUACACCCGACUUUUAG